AUGAAGACAUCUACGAGACCGGCUCUUACAUCGUCUCACUCUCAUCACCCCCGCCUUUCUCAAGCCAAUAUGCAAUCUUUCCGCGCCAAUAAUAAAUCUACGACCCCCCUGGCAUCACCUCGCAUACCUCAUUCCGUCGGUCAACCUUAUCCUCCCAGUACAAAAUUCCCCCCUAUCGUUACAGAUGUCCACGUCCGGCCGCCUAGUCCCAAUUAUUUCGGUCUCAACGUUGACCAUUCGACUGCUGACGUUGUUAACUCGUCCGCCGCUCCUCCCGAUCACUGGAGUCCGACGAGCUCGUCGAUUAAGUCGUUUGGUACCGCAAUACCGAAACAACUUCCCCUUGAUGCCAACCCGGAAUUCGAGGCUUUUAGACGCCAAGUCGAUGCGAACCGCGCCAAGGGCUUCAAUCUAGGUAGCGCCCACUUUGCGCCAGCCCCGUCGCCCAUGUUCGUAAGACCCAGGCCGCCGCGUUUGUCGACCAAUUAUAGCGAUACCGCCUCGGAUUUAUCCAGUACUAGGUCUCUUCACGGCAAGGCUGUCGAUGGCGCAGGUGUUCGAAUGGAUGUUGAUACGGAUAGUCUACAUGACUCUGCGUAUGUAUCAUCGGAUUCGAAGAGAAAUUCAGAUGUGUCGCUGAAUCUUCCCUCAUUUAGUAAUAUGCCUCGGUUCGAGUCGCCGGCUCGUGCCGACUCUCCUUUUGAGCCCUUACGAAGGGCGGCAUUGUCCAAAAUGGAAGAUCGGCACCCGCGACUAUCGUUGUCUAUUUCUAAUGAGAAGCUAGAGCGGACGAUAGAGCCCGCGAAAGCUCGUGCUGAGACGCUGCCGCCGACACUUGAAAAUGGACCCGGACUUAUUCUACCAAGGCAGCUAAAAGAACUGCUUUCAAAUGUACCCGAGAACGAGUUUCUUCUGCUGGAUGUUCGUGUAUCUUCCCAUUAUGCCCAAUCGCGUAUCCGCGGCGCAUUGAAUCUUUGUAUUCCGACGACUCUGUUGAAGCGUGCUACAUUCAAUUUGCAGAAGCUACAGCAGACUCUCCAGACCGAAGAAGAUCAACAGAAAUUUGCGCAAUGGUUAAAUGCCAAGUAUCUCAUAGUAUACGAUGCCUCCUCGACAGAAAAACGGGAUGCAACCUCAGCUAUGAAUAUGUUCAAGAAGUUUACGACUGAAGGUUUCUCUGGGAAUUCAUAUCUUCUAAGGGGAGGGUUCCAUGCCUUUUCUGCCGAAUAUCCUUCGUUCAUCGAUCAUCAGUCAGCUUCAGAAAGACCGGGAACCGCAAUUACCUUACCGAAUGGUGGACGACCAAGCUUUGCCCCUGUGAUCGGUGGUGUAGCGCUUCCAUCUAAUGCUAAUAACCCCAACCCGUUCUUUAGCAAUAUCCGGCAAAACAUGGACCUAGCAGACGGAGUUGGGCAGAUGGAUAUCUCUGUGCCGUCUAAUUUAGAUUCGAAUACACUACCCCCUUGGCUCCAAGACGUAACCCGAUCAUCUGAUCAUGGUAAGAAAGCAUCUGAAAGGUUUUUGAAAAUCGAGCGCAGCGAACAAUCACGUAUGAAAGAAGCCUACGCGUCGUUCAAUACGUCUGCGCCUCCAAGCCAAACUUCCGGACGUGUCUGCCUUUCAGGAGUAGAGCAGGGUGUUAAAAACCGGUAUAAGGAUAUCCUUCCUUUUGAGCAUGCUCGUGUCCGUUUGCCUAAUCGGGCCCAAGGUGCUUGCGAUUAUAUCAAUGCCAGCCAUGUUCAAGCCUCGCGUAGCCAUAAGCGUUAUAUAGCCUCCCAGGGCCCUUUGCCGGCCACCUUCGAUGAUUUCUGGUCCGUGAUAUGGGACCAAGACGUUCGUGUCAUUGUCAUGUUAACCGCAGAAUCUGAAGGGGGUCAGCUAAAGUGUCAUCCAUAUUGGCAUGACAAGGAAUUUGGACCUAUCAAGCUCAAGUCUAUCUCCGAGAAGAAGGUGUCGCUCGAUAUAGAUAAAUAUCGGUCAAAUCCCGGGCCUACGCCUGCAAACACCACAGUGGACCACGGACGACGACGCGCCGCUACCACGACAACGCUCGAGUCCGCACAGAACACGCAACAGCCUCAGGCACAGUCCGAGACCCCUUACGUUAUUGUCCGGAAAUUUGCAUUGUCGCACGCUGCUCAUCCGUUUUCUCCUAUACGCGAAAUUACCCAGCUUCAAUAUCUCCUGUGGCCCGAUUUCGGUGCACCAGCGCAACCGUCGCACCUACUAGCUCUCGUUGAACUGGCCAAUAUCAUGCAGCGUGCUUCGCUGCCUGUGGAUGCGAGCUCUAUUGCCGCGUCAGCCCCUGCUGAGCCUUCGGCGGCAAUUAAUUGGACUGACGAACCCGAGUCUGCUAAUGCUAGGCCGAUGCUUGUGCACUGCUCUGCCGGAUGUGGUCGCACUGGGACCUUCUGUACUGUUGAUACUGUCAUAGACAUGUUAAAGCGGCAGCGUCAAGUUGCGGCUAGUCGGGUAGAUGAAGAUGGAGACGUGAGCAUGAAUGAAGGAUCACCUAUCCGUCGCCGGACUAGCACUACCAACGGCUAUAGGCCCAGACCGAUCAAAGAUGAUACGAAGGGGUUAGAAACUGGUUGGCUCGAGGAUUCAAAUCUCGAUCUGAUAGAAGCUACCGUGGAAGAUUUCAGAAGGCAACGACUGAGCAUGGUCCAAAGCCUACGACAGUUCGUUCUCUGCUAUGAGACGGUGGUAGAGUGGGUCUGGAGAGUUCACGAGAAGAGCAACAGUACGGCCGGUGGCAGGGGUCGCCCACGGAGUGAAACUAUAAAUGUGCGAAGAUGA